AAGUUCACUUCCCGCUCCUUUUCAAGCCAUCCUCAAACUCUACUUAACUUUAACUAAUAAUUACAAUAUUUAAUGAAUCAAAUGUGGAAUAAAUGUCUGUUUUCUGUUUUAUAAUCAAUAUAUUUAAUUAAUUCUGUUAUGAGUUUGAAACAUUUGUGUUGUGUGUCUUGUAUUUUUCACAAUCAAUCAAUUUUCUGCUGUUAGUUUGGCACAAAAGCUCUUUGUUGGACCAUAUUGAGCUGUGCUGUGGAACACCUGAAACGCGAGGACAGUCUGUGCCGUCAUGUAGAAAAACAUGAUAAUUGGUGCGUCGUUUGCAUUGCAAAACCGAGUCCCGGGACUCAUCUCCGCGCGCCGAAAGCUGCAGGCCGCUUUCAUUUCCUUAUAACCAAACGCGAGACUCUGAGAAACGGCGUGACGCCGGGAGGGAGGCGGGCGGGUUUAAUUGGAAUCCCGGAUCAAUUAAAGUCGGAAUACCUGCACACCUGCGCAGCACGAGCGCGUGAAACUCUACUCCAGCGGCUCUACCUGACUCUCCGGUGACUCACGCGCUCGCUCCCUCCUGCCUGAUGGCGCGUGACUCACGCCUCACCGGGCUGGGUUUCUCCGCGCGCUGCCUGGAAAUGACUGCGCGCUGCGUCAGGAGCGCACGGACGGUCCGGGGGAGCCGGUGACAUGUCGGUACGUACGGUUAAAACCCCCACCGGGAGGAGAUCCGCUACACAUGCGCAGUUUCUGAUAGAUCGUGGCUGGAUCUGACUCCACGCACCACGUGCCGGAGUCGCAUCAGCGCAAUAAUUGCUGGGCGCUCGAGCUAUAUAAACCACAAAAAGCCACGAGCCCGGGAAACCCCAGCCUCUAACCGCAUUUACGGCUACAAAACGGGGGUCGUUUUUCCGCCUCCUCCAGCUCACCGAUUCUUUCUUUCUUUUUUUCGCGGCUUGUAAACAUUUUUAACCUCAACACACAAAUCGUGCGUCUCAACCGGAAGAAUUGUAGAAGUUUCAGGCGUUGUGGGAUCAUAAUUUUUGACUUUGAAGGUUUUUUUGUGCGUGCGCGCAUAGCCUGCGGGUUUGGAGAGCGCCUUUCAGAUUGGCACAAAGACUUCAAUGACGCACCUGGAGCGGCGCUUUGACUUUUCCCCAAAGGGAGACAGACAAAAACUUUUAGGACCAUCUGGGUCGACUGUUCCCUUUCAGACCUGCCUCUCUCUCUUUUUUGUAAUUGUAUACCCUCGCGCGCGCUCGGACUUCUAUUUGAUCCUAUAGAUGUGAUAAACGGCGCGCGGACGCAUCCAGAGACAUUUUUUUUAAACAAAAUGAUUUACUUUUAAAGUUUUUUUGAAAAGGAAAAAAGGUUUUAUGCGUGUAGUUGGAGUUUGUGAGGGUUUUUAGAGCGCGCCGUGCGCCACCGAACCCCCAUUUCUCCAUUGGCGAACGCGCAAAAUCCAAGUUUGGGACAAAAAGGAGGAACUGAGAGCGCCGCUAUAAUCCCCGCUGUUGUGAUGCGCAUUCCCGUAGAUCCCAGCGCCACUCGGAGGUUCAGCCCGCCGUCCAGCAGCCUCCAGCCGGUCCCAGGGAAGAUGAACGAUGUGAGCUCGCCGGCCGGGCAACCGGACGCAGCGGCGGCUGCAGCGGCGCCCAGACUGCGCGCCCACGAGAACCGCAGCAUGGCGGAGAUCAUAGCGGACCACCCGGCGGAGCUGGUCCGGACCGACAGCCCGAACUUCCUCUGCUCGGUGCUGCCCUCCCACUGGCGGUGCAACAAGACCCUACCUGUCGCUUUUAAGGUGGUCGCCCUGGGGGAUAUACCUGACGGGACGGUGGUCACCGUGAUGGCGGGCAACGACGAGAACUACUCGGCGGAGCUGCGGAACGCCUCGGGCGUGAUGAAGAAUCAGGUGGCGCGCUUCAACGACCUUCGCUUCGUGGGCCGCAGCGGCAGAGGCAAGAGCUUCACGCUGACAAUCACAGUAUUCACCAACCCACCACAAGUGGCGACUUACCACAGAGCGAUAAAGGUCACGGUGGACGGGCCGCGUGAGCCCAGGAGGCAUCGUCAAAAACUGGAGGACCCUCCCAAAGCCGGCUUGUUCCCGGACCGCCUCGAGCUGGAGAGGAUGAGAGUGAGAGUCACGGUUCCCACUCAGGCCCCGCGGCCGUCCCUGAACACGGCGGCCAACUCCUUCAACCCGCAGGGUCAGACGCAGAUCACAGGUUCUACGGACCUGAGCCCGUUCCCCGGUCAGUUUGAGCGCCAGUUCCCCAGCCUCUCGCUGACUGAGAGCCGCUUCUCCAGCCCUCGCAUGCACUACCCCCCCACCUUCACCUACACCCCGCCCGUCACCUCCGCCAUGUCGCUGGGCAGCGCCCACUACCACACCUACCUUCCCCCGCCCUACCCGGGCUCCACCCAGAGCCAGAGCGGACCCUUCCAGACCAGCAGCACGCCCUAUCUCUACUACGGCGCCUCCUCCAACUCCUACCAGUUCUCCAUGGUCCCGGGCGGGGACCGCUCGCCGUCCCGGAUGAUCCCGCCUUGCACUAGCGCGUCCACCGGCACCUCGCUGGUGAACCCCAACCUGCCCAGCCAGACGGAGGGAGGGGUGGACGGCGACGGGAGUCACAGCAAUUCCCCAACGGUUCUCAACCCUGGAGGUCGAAUCGACGAAGCAGUCUGGAGGCCGUAUUAGCGGGAAAAGUGGGCGAAGAGAAGAUGGAAAAAGCACAAAACCUUUUGAAUUUUACCAAAAAAAAGGGGGUUUCUCUUACCUGUUGCAUGGAAAUCAAAGUAGAGAUUAAAAGAAACACAGACCUGCAGGAACUUGUCUCCCUGGAAUGUGUUUUGACCAAGGCACCACAAAGGGAGUGAUUCUCACAGCAAUAAUAAUACAAAAAACUCUUCUGCUUGGGCGGAGUCACUAUAUUUUAUAUCAGUCUAUAAAACGACAAUCUUUGUAAAAGACUGCCUCUUUUUUUUUUUUUUUACUCCAUUAUGGCUUUUUGCUGAGCAUGUUUUUGUACUUCGACAAUAUCAAGAUGCAAGUUGAGCACUGAGUAGCAAGUGAUGAGGAACACUUCUGUUGUGUGGAAUUUGCUUUAAACCAUUUAAUUUAACUUGUAUAUUGUGGGUGAGACGUUGAUGUAGAUUGAAGCGAUUUAACUUAUAAAGCCAUAAAUUAUGUAUUGUAUUUGAAACUUGAGUCAAAGAAGUGUAAUCUGAAUAUUUUUGUUUCAUUUAAGUUAAUUUUUUUUAGGUAAUUUAAAAGAGGUUUAUGUGUUUUUUUCCUGCAUUUUGUAGCACCCAAAGAUGGCCUGGAAUAUGAAAGUGUUGCAACAAGCUCUGAAAUCCACUUUGACUGAUCCAUUACGAGGCCGGCUCCAGCGCCAGGCGUUGACACACGUUUGGCUCCAAAUGAAACGUUUUGGUAUUUACUGAGCAAUAACUCGCAUUCUUCCUGUCGGCAACACACCACGAAAUAAUUAACCUUUUGUAGGGAGGUGCAUCUUUUUAUAUUCUCUCAACUGAAAUUCUGUAUUUUUUGGUCAAAAUUAGACAUAUAUAUUCAUAUGAGGAUUCCUCAGGACUGGAAUAAUACGUGGAUAAUCCCACAGAUUUGAUACAUAUCGUCAUUUUUAUUUUUUAUAGUGCAAAAACUGGUAAUUUAAUGGAAAAAAUAAAUAAAACAAACAUUCAAAAAGGGAAAACUUAGCUUAAAAAGCAAACUUACUUAACAUGUAAUGAUGUACAGCCCAAUCAUUUCUGGUUACACUGAAAAAAAUGUAAUUUUAGAUUAAUUAACAAAAAUUCAUAAAUUUGAGUUGCGUUAGCCGUCAACUCAAAUGUUUAAUUUGAUACAAAACAAUCAUUUUAAAUGUAACAAAUUAUUGUAUUUUUGUUAUUUGAACCAACACUUAAUUUUUUUUAGUGUAGUUCUAAGCCAAUUAUUUGUAUUUAAUUUUGAUUAAAGUGACAAGUCUAAUAAUGACUAAAAUGACUUAUUUUAGUUAAAAAUGUGAACAAAAAUGAAGAUAAAUCUUCAAAAAAUCUGAUAUCACUUAUUCUUAGAACAUAAAUCUGAUUUUUUUUAAUCCAAAGUAAUGAAAGUGAAUGCAGUUUAAAAUAACCAAAAUUACUGUAAAAUAUUUGUUUGUUUUUUUUAAUUUACAUAAACUUUUUCUGUUUGAAAAGAGAAGUUUAAACAAGUUCAAAUGCUUUUAUUUGGGUUUCAGAAUUUGAAGUAUUUAUUUUUUUGCAUUCCUGGUGAUUUUGCUAUAAAAGUGCACAAAUCGAUUGGAUUCAGCUGCUGGCAGCAAACUGUAAACCCAAAAUAUGUGGGAUUGUUGGGUUCAUGAAGCACUUACCUGGGUUUAACUUUCACGCGGGCGUCUGCCGGCAGGGCUCGCCGUUUCAGUCCUCCAUUCAGGUUUUUGAAUUGUCAUUUGUUUUUCAGUCUCCAAAUAAUAGGAUUUCCCCCAUUUUUUUGUUUUACUGCAUUAUCUCUCUUUUGUUGAUGUGUUGCCACGGAAACGUCACACUUUUGACCUAAAUCAAGAUUUGUUACAAACUGUUUACAAAACUUCGCAGCACUGAGAUUCUACUCUGCCUUCAUGUUCUUUGUGUCCAUUUUUGACUUUUUUUUUUUUUUUAAUUGUCAUAAAAAAACAAAAAAACUUUGUAUUAUUUAAUGAUCAACAAGUAUAAUAACCAGGAACUGUGCUUUAUCUUUCUCCAUGUAAAGUUUGAAUUCUUUUGCUUCUUCUUCGUCUUCUCGUCAGCAGGAAUCGAACCCGUCGGGUUUCUGCGUUCAUCAAAGUCAUGAACUUUUUUUUAUUUUCUUUUGAAGGGACAAACAGACAACAGUGAGUGAAAUUGGCAUUGUGAUUGUAUAUUGUUGAGAAUUAAAACAGAUAUUUUGUAACUUAAUUUUUUUAAUGUUAAAAUAAUUUUCCUCAUAAAAUCUGAAGUUUUCUUUUAUCUGGAAGGCCUCGUCUUUGAAGCGACUCCACAGGACGGCGGAUUUGAUAAUUGCAACAAUAAAAGAACGGAAAUUUACUUUUUAAACAUACAAAGCAAAAAAACAAUAAAAAUACAAUGAAGGAAUUUUUAUGGAGUACAAAAUAUACAUUUAUUUUAUAAUUUUAUGACUUUUUUUUUUUUCAAAAUAAACACUGAAAGAGCAGGCUCCCUAAAAGUAAGUCAAAAACUAUGAAAAAAAAAUAAAUUUUCAGCAAAUUAUCCACAAAAAAAGCCAAUUUGUAUUGCCAACAAUUUUUAUUUUAGGGGCAAAAAAGUCUAGUCCAUAAAGCAUGUUUUCCUAAACUGGGAAUAAAAUCUGAAAAUAUAUUUUCUUAUUUUUCUCAUGAUUCAGUUUUUACAGUGCAAACAUUUUCCUCACUAAUUUUUUUAGAAUAAAAUGAAACUUUAUCGAUCUCGCAGACAGGAAAUUUACAAUUUCUCAGUUAAUUAUGUGCCAUAAAUAUAGAAUAGAACAAACAUAUUUUCAAUGUUUUCGCUUAAUUUUUUGUAUU